CAGGCAGGGCCCCGAGGAAUACAACAUCCUUAAUGUGAGGGUAGGAUUUUCAUCUUCACGCUGCCAUUUGAGAAUUUCCUCCUACCCACACCUGGUUGUAAGACACCCACUGCAAAACAGUAGAAGAUGAGUAAGUCUCCGACCCCGAAGGGCACCCCGGUGCAGCGCAGCCCCAGUGAUGGAGUCCCUGAGAGCCUCCCGUCUCCUCAGCAUUCCACCCCUGGCUCCGGAUCACAGCAUAAGAAACGCAUCUCCAGCCUCCUUCAGAGUCCCUCAUUCAGAGAGGAGCUGGAUGUGCUGAUCCAGGAACAGAUGAAGAAGGGUGGCAGCUCAUCCAACCUCUGGGCACUGAGACAGCUGACUGAUUUCAUGGCCUCACAUGGAUCUCCAGCCGCCCUGCCAGUCUCCCCCUCCAACAUGAUGAUGGUGACACCCAUCAACGACCUGCAUGGCUGGGAGCCUGGCAGCAUGGUGAAGGGGGAGAGGUUGAUGCGCUGCAAGCUGGCCAGCACCCAUCGCCUGUUCGACCUAUACGGCUGGGCCCAGAUCAGCCGCACCUGUCUCACGCUGCGUGUGAGUAAAGAACAGGAACACUUCCUGGUGCUUCCAGACGGCCUGGCCUUCAGUGAGGUGACCGGAUCCAGUCUGGUUAAGGUGAACAUCCUGGGAGAAAUGGUGGAGAAGGGCAGCACCAACCUGGGCGUGGACACCGAGAAGUUCAGCCUGCACUCGGCCAUCUACUCGGCCCGACCAGAUGUUCGCUGUCUGCUUCACCUCCACACACCAGCUACAGCCGCGGUUUCAGCUAUGAAGUCCGGCCUCCUGCCGCUGUCCCACGAGGCUCUGCUGGUCGGUGAUGUGGCCUAUUAUGACUACAAUGGAGUCAUGGAGGAGGAGGAGGACAGAGUGGAGCUGCAGAAGAGCCUAGGACCCACCUGUAAGGUGCUGGUGUUGAGGAAUCAUGGCAUUGUGGCUCUGGGGGAGUCUGUGGAGGAGGCCUUCUACACCAUCUACCACAUCCAGGCUGCCUGCCAGAUCCAGGUGUCAGCUUUGUGCAGUGCUGGAGGAGAACACAACCUGAUUCUGCUGGAUCGAGCCACCCACAAACCCAACCCGACCGGCACCGUUGGCUGGGCUGGCUCCACCUUCGGACCACUGCAUAAGAGUCGCAUUGGGGAGCAUGAGUUUGAAGCCCUCAUGAGAACUCUGGACAACCUGGGCUACCGUACCGGCUACGCCUACCGCUUCCCUGUGCUACUAGAGCGAUCGCGAACACGGAGGGAGGUGGAGGUGCCGGCUACCGUCACAGUCUUCCACCAGUUCGAUGACGACGGAGUCCACCCGGCUCUGAGGCAGCACCCGUUUGCCCAGCGGCAGCAGCAGGAGAGGACCCGAUGGCUCAACACCCCCAACACCUACCAGAAAGUCAACCAAGAGCAAGCCAGCCCGGGACACCAGCGCACCACUUGGUUAAAGACAGAAGAGCUGACACAAGCUGGCAGCACAGCCAUCAAGAUCGAGAACCCAAACCAGUUUGUGCCUCUUUUUACCAACCCUCAAGAGGUGAUUGAGACACGAAACAAGAUUCGACAGCAGAAUCGUCAGGACAUGAAAACUGCAGGACCACAGUCUCAAGUCCUCGCCAGCGUCAUAACAGAAGACAGCCCUCCGUCCCCAGUCAGCCCACCUAAAGUCCCACCGGAGCCAGAACCUCCCAACCCCUUCAACCAGCUGACAGACCAGGAGCUGGAGGACUACCGCCAGGAGGUGCAGAGGAAACAGGAUGGAGGGACCGAUGGGGAGGAGGAGGCAAAUGACAAGGAGUCUCCCCCCGCUACCUCCCCGACAAAGGGCCCUUCACCCAGCCACCCUCCUCUGUCAGAAGAAGCAAAGACCGACUCUCCGGCCAUUCAGAACGGAGGCGAGGAGGAGAAGCAGACGACAGAGGAGCUGGAGAAAGGGAUGAAGGCUCUUUCAACCAAUGACACCUCCUCCACACCUGCUGCUCCACCCACCAAACUGCAAGGUGGCACCCCCGAGGGCUCACCCUCCAAGUCCCCGUCCAAGAAGAAAAAGAAGUUCAAGCCGCCGUCGUUCCUGAAAAAGAGCAAGAAGCAGAAGGAGAAAGCCGAGACCUGAGACCUGAGCUCAUACAGAUGCACCAAACCUCGGUGAAAUACUACAGUGAAUUACUUCCUAGUUGCAGAUGGAGUUUACCACAUCAGAUCUAUUCCAAGAGCCAUUUAAAAUGUCAGACACUAAAUUGAUCCUCACUACUGCACCACUGCUACUCACUGAUUUUGAUGUAUGUGGUGAUUCAUCUGGUACACUGGUAGUUGUUUUCACAUACUAUUUGACCCAGGUCGGACACAACCCAACAUUUUGACGCACUACUUCUUAUCACACAUACGGUCCCUGUACUACUUACGUCUUAUUUUCACCUGCUCUGCAAUCGAUCUGUUACUUCACUUCACUGUACAGGCAUUCAACCAUGUUCCUCUCUAAAAGUGGGAUUACCGCUGUGAUCCUGUGCAGUUGCCACUCAGAAUUUGUUUCAUACAUCUUUUUUUUUUUAGAUCCACAACUCUGCAAACCACAGUGGAAACAAAAGCCUCCAUGAAUUAUGCACCCUUUCUCCAUGUAUAGGCACUUGACAUAUGUAGAUUGACAUUCUAGUACGUUGCAUUUGUUCAUCAUCAUAGGCAUCUUCUAGUCACGAUUUGGUUCUACUUAUCAGAUAGAUGUUGCAGGUAUACUCUGUGAGCACAGGUGCAGUGCAUUUAGAAAUAUACUGAUAGCUACUGAUUGUGCUCUGCUGAAUGCUGGUUUUGUGUAAAACUAUCAGCCUGCUGAUGUUGUUACAGCAGGGACGAACAAGGAAAAAGAAAGCGGGGAAAUUAUACUGGCUCGCAACAAAACAACUCGCUGUGAACGCUGUUAUCAAAACCAAAAGGAUAAAGAAUUUGUUGCUUGUCAAUGCAGUCUGAAACCCAGUAAUAGAAGAUACUAAAGGUACUAAACAUUCCACUUUUCUCAUUUUCUUUUAAAUGUAUGUGUGCAAAAUACCUCUUAACAGUACUUACUUUCUGUUUGAACCAGUAGCUGUUAUCAAAAUGCUGAUGUGUGAUGUUUGCUCAUGGUUUUAUUUUAUUUUCUAUUAGAAUGUAUAAGUGAGUGUUGCAAGGUUACCAUGUAUCAGUCAUUAAAGAUCAAGUUUGAUUUAAAAUCAACACA